AUGUACUUGGCUGUCGGACGGCAUACUUCCUGCGAAGUAUGGGAAUCCAUCACCGCAGCACUAGGUUCCUCCACUCGGGCGAGAUGCCUCAACCUCCUUGGCCAGUUUCAGAGCCUCUACAAGGGUGGUAGCACGACGGCAGAGUACCUUGGCCGUGCCCAGCUGCUUGUGGAAGAUCUAGCGCUUGCCGACCAACCCGUGUCCUUAGAUGAACAAAAUUUAUAUGUCUUUCGGGGACUCAGAUCGGAGUUCCGGCCAAUGGCGUCAUCUCUCACGGUAUCUGAUAAUCUUGUCUCUAUCUCACAGCUUGCAGAUUAUUUACAGGCUCAGGAAUACAUAUAUGCGGAUGAGUUCACCCUAGAAGCUACGGUAAUGGUGGCUAAUCGCGGUAGACGUAACAAUGGCGAAGGCCAUUUUGGUGGUCGGCAAGGCCAAAAUGGCGGCCAAAGGCGCAUACGAGGACGGCAAGGCAGAGGUGGCCAAGGACGUGGUCGCGACAGUGCACCGCGGUGCCAAAUCUGCCGGUCGCACGGUCAUACUGCACUUUACUGUUACAAGCGGUUUUAUACGUCGAUCAUGUUGUGGUGUUCCUCGGUCUGUUCUAAGGAAUCUUCCAGCAUUCAUUGGGUGGAUUUGGCCUUGGCAGAGUUGAGCGUCGCCUUCAAUUUCCACCAGAACCUGUUGAAUUGUUGCAACACCUGGACCUACAAGCUUAUUUGCAACACUGAAGUAGAAGGCGAUUCUUUAAAUGAUGAUGAUGCCUAUGUUGCAAAUAAGCUUGUAGGUCCAGGGAAAGAACAAGAACAGACUUCUAGGAAUGCAUUCUAG